CGAAAUAUGAAUGUUGAAUUGCGCAGAUGUAAGCGUUUUGUAGAUUUUAAAGUAAUAUCACUUUAUGAGCACAGUUUCGUGACUGAAGUUAUAUGAAGCUGAGGUGGAAUCAACGAACAUAACAAAUUGAAAGCUGAAGUGUGAAAUACAUUGUGUGUGACAACUGUGAACCACAUUCAAAGAAUGGCAGAGAGUGACUGUGCUGUUGGCGUGUUGGUAGACCUUUCUGUACCUGAUCCAUUUGAAGAAUUCUUAAAAAACAAAGACAUCGAAGACAAAGAAAAUGUCUUUCCAAGCAAUGAUCCUAUAGAGAUUGCUCGCAGCGAUGACAGUGAAAGACGUCUGAGUCACACGCUUCAGAAACCUUUCGAGCUGGAGGACAGAAUUUUGAAAGAUGUCACCAAGACUAUAACAGGAAAUUCUGACAGAAGCUUGAAGGAAAGCCCUGAAAUCAAACUUUUGGAUGAGGAAACGUUUGACUUUGAUUUAGCCAUGUCACCACAAGUGAGCACUGUCAGCAAAGAUGUGGAUGAAGAUGUGGAUGAGGAGGAAGUGUUUUUUGGUCCAGUUGGGUUCACAGAAAGAAUUGUAGCAGCAACUGUUCCAGUAAAAGAUGUGAAGCCUAUGAGUCCCCUGAAUCCAUCUCAAAUUGCCCAAGUAGUAAUGGAAGCACACAUGGUUGCAUGUAGGAUUGCCAACAUGAAACCUGAGCAGGACAGUGCAGACGAGAAAUCCCCAGUCAAAUGCAAGCUGUUCAGUCCAAAUAGUAGAGCCCACGCACGGACAGGCACCUUUGUCAUCAAGGAUGAAGAUGUGCAAAAACAGUCACCUAAAAUUCACAGGUCUAUACCAUGUAUAGACUAUGAUAAAAAAACCAGUGAGAAUAUACCAGUGAGUAGUCACUGUGCCCCUGAAAAAGAUAGGCCAAUGGAGAGCACAGCAUCAGAAACAGUAUCAGAUGAUGACAGAAAGAAACCAAAUGAAGCUCAAGUUAAAGAGGAGAAAAAACCAUCACGUCUCACUAAACUGCCAAGAAAUAGGAGCUACACAUUACUUAAAAAGGCCCCAAGUACUGAGAGCCUGGAUGUAGUGGGCCCAUCAGAGAGGAUUCGGCACCAGAGCAGUGGUUCUGACAGAACCUCUGAAAAUGGCAGUGUUGCAUCUGACAACAGUGAUGUCCCCUUCACUAAACCAGUUGGCCAGAUUAGAGGCAGUCUGCAGCAGAAGCUGAAGGCUCCAGUGGGUAAAGGUAGCCACAGUUCUUCUCGUGUGUCAAGACUGCAGGCUCCAGGUGGAUCAUCAGGUCUGAAGAAACCAAGUGGCAUGGUGAUGCCAGGCACCAGCAGUGCUCUGACAGUCAAGAACUUGCAGAGAGCUUCGAAAGGUACCACAGACCAACAGACACAUCAGAGAAGUCUCUCUAACUCUUCCAACUCCAGCAUGGGCUCUUCCAUCUCAAACAAGUCUGGAGGAUCUCAUCUGCCAGCUAAGACUGGUAUGCCCAUAAAGAGAUUACAGCUCAUGCAGCCUGGCAAAAUACAGAAAAAUUCACUUGCCUUGAAUAGAAACAGGGUGUCUUCAACACAGAAAUCAUGUGGACCCAUGAAGGCUGUGGCUCCAUCCAGUACAGCAAAUGAAUGCAAAGCCCAGUCCCCUCGACAAUCUACCGGUACAUCAAUGAGAACCCGAGGAACGCCAGUAAAACCAGACAAGUCUGUUCAGCCCAAGAAUCUCUCCAGUAGCUUCAGCACUCCAGUCAAGGCAGGGUCUCAAAGUUCACAUGGUCAGAGGACGCCCUGCUCUGAGCGGAAGGAAAAGAGGAAGUCUUUCCUCCCAACCCCCUCUAAGUCCUCCACCAGUUCUGUGCCAGCUAGUCCUUAUUCUAUGCGGAGUAGUGUUAGCAGUAAUAGCUCAGUGAAUUCCCACAAAUCUCUGUCCCUGACGAGCGAGUCUCCUGUAUUUCUGAUGGAUAGGCCUGGUUCUGCCACUCGGAGACGUAUUCCAUCAGGAAAUACUCGUCAAUCCUUAGUGCAGCACACACCUGAUAUUCCAAAGCAACAAGUGUCUCGCUGGUCACCGGUGAGACGGACACGUUUGCUUUCCAAGGAGGACCAAGCCAUACAGUGUACUAAACGCUUUCAUCAGACGGCGCAGAAGUGACACUGAAGGCAAUGCAAAUUGCACUUGGAAAUUUUUUACACGAAACAUCUAUGUAUUCAGUACAGGUCUUUUAUCCUUGUGUUUUUUUCACAUAGUGACAAGUAUGUUUGCAAAUCCCUAUUGCAAAAUUUCCCUUUGUCAGAUAAGUUUUAUACUGAAUUAACAAAAGCAAAACAUAAAGCUAAAUAGUAUAUCUUAUGUGUUAAUGGUGCACACUCUGUCGGACAUGUGAUAACAACAGAGUGCAGACAGUACCAAAUGAUAUUGUUUUUACUAUUAAUCAGAUUCUUUGUAUGAAACUCCUCUGAUUAUGUAUGACUGUAUUGAAAAUUGUACAUAUUGUAAUCAAGACAAUGUAGUGCUUUUAUCACAUUAACUUUCUAGUGAUACCAGUCCUGUAUUUAAAUACUAUUUUUCAAAGUCUAGGCUGUGAUUGAACAAAACACAUGAAUUAUAUGAUGUAAAAUAAGAGUGCUAUCCUAUGAUAUGAAAUAACAGUCACAUAGCAGUAUUUAGAUACUGUUUAAAUAGGUUUGAUUGUGUGACAAAAGUCAGAAAAUGUCAUCAAUUGAACAUCCCAUAUUGUUGGACAGAAUGAAAUGUUAAUAAUGUCAUCAAUCUUUCAGUCUUUAAAUAAACCCUUUGUGUUACUACUUUCUUACAUGUAAACAAAUUUGACAAAAACAACUUUGAUGUUGUUUUGUUCACACAAUUAUAUAUUAUAUUACUUUCAAAGGGUUAGUAUCUUACACUGAACUAAAAUAUGCACAAUUUCAUUCAUAAUAUAAUAUAAUAAUACAUGUUUUAAAUUAUUGGACAUUUGUUCAAGUGCAGCUAUUACUAAGCUUUGUAAAUUUGAACCAAAUGACUUCAACCGUUUGCUAUCUAUUAUCUAGUAGUUAUGUAUCAUAAUAAAACAACUUGAGUGUCCUUUAUAUAAAUAAAACUGAUUAUCCAAGGCAA